GCGGCGGCAGGGCGGCGCGGGGCGGCGCGGGGCGGAGGGCGCCGGAGGGCGAGCGGGCAGGCGGGCACGGCAGGUUCCGGGCCAGCCCCGGGGGCGGACGGUUGGCCGGGCGCGCGGAGCCUAGCCGGGGCCUUGCCGGAGCCGGGCCGGGCAGCAGAGGCAGCCGCCGCCCGGGCCCGCCGCCCGCGCCCCCCACGCUGGCCCAGAGGGCUGCGGCCGCGUCGCCGCUGAGGAUGUCCCGGAAGGGGCCGCGGGCGGAGGUGUGUGCGGACUGCAGCGCCCCGGACCCCGGCUGGGCCUCCAUCAGCAGGGGAGUGCUGGUGUGUGACGAGUGCUGCAGUGUGCACCGGAGCCUGGGCCGCCACAUUUCCAUCGUCAAGCACCUUCGCCACAGCGCCUGGCCUCCCACACUGCUGCAGAUGGUGCACACACUCGCCAGCAACGGGGCCAACUCCAUCUGGGAGCAUUCCCUGCUGGACCCCGCACAAGUGCAGAGUGGCCGGCGCAAAGCCAACCCCCAAGACAAAGUCCACCCCAUCAAGUCAGAAUUCAUCAGGGCCAAGUACCAGAUGCUGGCGUUUGUGCACAAGCUUCCUUGCCGGGACGAUGAUGGGGUGACUGCCAAAGAUCUCAGCAAGCAACUGCACUCAAGUGUUCGGACAGGCAACUUGGAGACGUGUCUGCGCUUGCUGUCCCUGGGUGCCCAAGCCAACUUCUUCCAUCCAGAGAAGGGCACCACACCUCUGCACGUGGCUGCCAAGGCGGGGCAGACACUGCAGGCUGAGCUGCUCGUGGUGUAUGGGGCUGACCCAGGCUCCCCUGAUGUGAAUGGCCGCACACCCAUUGAUUAUGCCAGGCAGGCGGGGCACCAUGAGCUGGCGGAAAGGCUAGUCGAGUGCCAGUAUGAGCUCACUGACCGGUUGGCCUUCUAUCUCUGUGGACGCAAGCCGGAUCACAAGAAUGGGCAUUACAUCAUCCCACAGAUGGCUGACAGCCUAGACCUGUCUGAGUUGGCCAAAGCUGCCAAGAAGAAGCUGCAGGCGCUCAGCAACCGGCUUUUUGAGGAACUUGCCAUGGAUGUGUAUGACGAGGUGGAUAGAAGAGAAAAUGAUGCUGUGUGGCUGGCUACCCAAAACCACAGCACCCUGGUGACAGAGCGCAGUGCUGUGCCCUUCCUGCCUGUGAACCCCGAGUACUCAGCCACACGGAAUCAGGGGCGACAGAAGUUGGCCCGCUUUAAUGCCCGAGAGUUUGCCACCUUGAUCAUAGACAUUCUCAGCGAGGCCAAGCGGAGACAGCAGGGCAAGAGCCUGAGCAGCCCCACAGACAACCUUGAGCUCUCUGCGCGGAGCCAGAGUGACCUCGACGACCAACAUGACUACGACAGUGUAGCCUCGGACGAGGACACGGACCAGGAGCCCCUGCGCAGCGCUGGUGCCACUAGGAACAACCGUGCCCGGAGCAUGGACUCCUCAGACCUAUCCGAUGGGGCUGUAACACUGCAGGAAUAUCUGGAGCUCAAGAAGGCUCUGGCUACCUCCGAGGCCAAGGUACAGCAGCUCAUGAAGGUCAACAGCAGCUUGAGUGAUGAGCUCCGGAGGCUACAGAGGGAGAUCCACAAGCUGCAGGCAGAGAACUUGCAGAUUCGGCAGCCGCCGGGGCCAGUGCCCACACCCCCACUGCCCAGCGACAGAGCAGAACAUACAUCGAUGGGGCCUGGUGGGAGUGCCCACCGCAGGGACCGCCAGGCCUUCUCCAUGUAUGAACCAGGCUCUGCCCUGAAGCCCUUUGGGGGCCCACCUGGGGACGAGCUUACCACCCGGCUACAGCCUUUCCACAGCACUGAGCUGGAGGAUGAUGCCAUCUAUUCAGUACACGUCCCUGCUGGCCUUUACCGGAUCCGGAAGGGGGUGUCAGCCUCAGCUGUGCCCUUCACUCCCUCCUCCCCACUGCUGUCCUGUUCCCAGGAAGGAAGCCGUCACACGAGCAAGCUUUCCCGCCACGGCAGCGGUGCUGACAGUGACUAUGAGAACACGCAAAGUGGGGACCCGCUGCUUGGACUGGAAGGGAAGAGGUUUCUUGAGCUGGGCAAGGAAGAAGACUUCCACCCAGAGUUGGAGAGCCUGGACGGAGAUCUCGACCCCGGGCUUCCCAGCACAGAGGAUGUCAUCCUGAAGACAGAACAGGUCACCAAGAACAUUCAGGAAUUGUUGCGGGCUGCCCAAGAAUUCAAGCAUGACAGCUUUGUGCCCUGCUCAGAGAAGAUCCAUUUGGCUGUGACUGAGAUGGCCUCUCUCUUCCCAAAGAGGCCAGCCCUGGAGCCUGUGCGCAGCUCACUGCGGCUGCUCAAUGCCAGCGCCUACCGGCUGCAGAGUGAAUGCCGGAAGACCGUGCCCCCAGAGCCCGGUGCCCCUGUGGACUUCCAGCUGCUGACUCAGCAGGUGAUCCAGUGCGCCUAUGACAUCGCCAAGGCCGCCAAGCAGCUGGUUACCAUCACCACCCGAGAAAAGAAGCAGUGACAACUCUCCCUGCACCCUCACCUGCACCCUGGGACCUCACUGGCCAUGGGAGCUGGGCCACUCCAGACACUAAUCCCCACCCUCACAGAGCUGCUGGCACAAGUGCCCUCAGUGCUGCCACCCUCCCCUGGCAGCCAGGUGCCCCGGUGCCCACCCUCCUCGAGCCCCCCAAGGAUAGGGAGGUGGGGUAGCAGGAGCUUCUGUCCCCCACAUUCCACACACCUCCUCCUGUACAUAGCAUUCCCCUCCCACCCCCCUUCUAGCGUGCAGGGGCCUGUAAGGUAUCACUCCCAGCCCCUGGCCCUCUGGGGCACCCUCAGCAGAGGGUCAGGUAGGGACACUCCAAGUAGGAUGGUUCCCCCUACAGGCACCCCACCCCCAUGAGCCAGUUCAGCCCUACUGGGGGCUGAACGGGGGCAUCUCUUCCUUUGUACAUAAUCUCUGUGGAUGUCCCCCCAUCCUGUAGCCACCAGCCCCCCUGCUGCUGUCCUUGAAUGCCAAAUGGCCCCUGCCGAGAACACUGGCCCCAGCCUGUGUUCCCAGGGUCCCUAGCAGCAAACAAACACUGGAAAAUGUUUUUUUUCUCUCUCUUCCACUCCUUAAUUUUAACAUUGUGGUAACUGAGUGUCCCUGCGUGCUUGUGUGUGAGUGUGCGGGGCGGCAGUGCCGUUCCGGAGGCCUGGCCCAUCUGGAGUUCUAUGAAGGGUGAGGGGACCAGAACAGCAGGACCAGUGUUAGGGAUCAUCCCCCCUUCCCCAUCCUGGGGCCAGGGACUGCUGGUAACCAGCUGGGGUCCAACCCAUCACCUCCCCUCAUCUGUCCCCCCACUCCUACCCCUUUCUCUAUGAACUUAUAACAAAAACCACUUCCCUACAUUUCUCCACCCCCUCCCUUGUGGAGGAGGAUGUGCUGGCUGGGGCAGAGAACUAAGCGUCUGAGCCUGGGGCUGGCUCCCCGGGGUCCCUGACUCAGCUGAGAGCCCCCUUCCCAUAACCUCUGAGAGGCCAGCACCUGCCCUGUGGUAUCUGGGUAUCUGGAAUCUGAGCUGCAGCCUGGGAGCUGGAGAGGCAGAUGGCAGUGCCUACCAGCUCUCCCUGUCCCCCUGGGGCCAGGCUCUACCUGUGUGGUGGUGGGUGGGCUGUCAAGACAUGUGUCAUGUACAUUUGUAUCAAAAAUAAAUAAGUGACCAUG